CCUCAUUCCCCAUACAGGCAGCUGAUGAUACUGCCAGCCGAACCACUCUUAAAUUAAAAUAAUAAUAAUUAGACAGUAUAUCCGCCACUCGCGGGUUCGGAGGAUGUUUGUUUUUGUUAUAACCAGUUUAAUUUCAUGAAUGUCUCUGUUAUUAUUUGUGAGAAAUGCGGGGAUUUACGGAGUCCGAGCUUUAAAUGAAGAUCAUGGCGUUUCAGGAGGGAGAAUCGCUCGAAUCUUGGCUCAACAAAGCCACACACCCGACCAACCGUCAGGAGGACUGGGAAUACAUCAUUGGCUUCUGUGACCAGAUCAAUAAAGAGUUAGAGGGUCCUCAGAUCGCCGUUCGGCUACUCGUGCACAAAAUUCAUUCUCCACAGGAAUGGGAAUCUCUUCAGGCUCUGACUGUACUGGAGGCUAGUAUGAAGAACUGUGGACAGAGAUUUCACAACGAAAUAGCCAAAUAUAGGUUUUUAAAUGAAUUGAUCAAAGUGGUUUCACCCAAGUACAUGGGUGACAGCUCUUCUGAUAAAGUGAAGACUAAGAUCAUUGAGAUGAUAUACAGUUGGACUGUAGCGUUUCCCAAUGAGGCCAAAAUAUCAGAGGCUUACCAGACACUGAAAAGACAAGGACUUGUGAUGUCAGACCCAGAGCUGACUGCAGAUAAAACUCUCAUUCCGUCUCCUCCUGCACGACCCAAAAACCCUGUGUUUGAAAAUGAGGAUAUGGGGAAGUUGUUGGCAGAACUUCUGAGAAGCAAAAACCCAGAAGAUCUUCAGGAGGCCAACAGACUCAUCAAAAACAUGGUGAAAGAGGACGAAGUCAGGGUGCAGAAAAUAAGCAAACGCAUGAACACGCUGGAGGAGGUGGACAACAACGUGAAGCUCCUGGGGGAAAUGUUGAGUCAUUACGACAAAGAGCGCUCGACAGACGCCGACCGUGAACUUAUCAAGGAGCUGUAUCAGCGUUGUGAUAAACUCAGACGUACAGCGUUUAAACUGGCCACUGAAGCUGAAGACAAUGACUCCAGUUUAGGGGAUAUUCUCAAGGCGAACGAUGAUUUGUCGAGAGUUAUAAACUCUUAUAAACACAUUGUAGAAGGACAGCCGGCAGACAGUGAGAGUGAAGUGAUCAGACCGGCUGUCAGUCAAGGAUGUGAGACCACAGGCACACUUAUUGAUCUGGCCGGUCUGGAUGAACCGUCCUCCACCCUGACAGUUCCUCCUUCCACCCUGACAGUUCCUCCUUCCCCCCUUCCUCCUCCUCUGAUGUCCUCCAUCAAUCCCAUGACCUCCUCCAUCCCUGUCCUGCCUCCUCCUCCUCGUCGAUUGGCGGGAGGACCCGCCAGUCAAACCAGCAGCCCCAAUCACAAAGCUCUCGAGCAGCAAACCUCUCUCUCGCUGCUGGACGACGAGCUCUUGUCUCUUGGGCUGAAUGAUCCUCCCUCUAUGCCAAAUAGACCAACGUUGGAUGAACUGUCGGGUCAGUGGACGUCCUUACAGGCUCCUGAACCGAGUCUGGAUCUGUUCGGAAGCAUCUCCGCUCCGACCUCACACACUCCUGCUGUCAGUCACGGCCUGGAAGAUCUCUCCAUGCUGGACUUUGGAGGAGGAAAGAGCGUCUCCUCUCUGAGCGGCAUCUCUGGUGGCAGCUUUGGUCUUUCUGGAGGUGCGAUGGGUCCCUCACCCGCUCCUCUUCCACUCAUCAACCCGUUCGUGUGCGCCGCGGUUCCAGGUUCCCCCGUCGUGGCUCGAGCGCAGGCUGCUCCGGGGGGCUCGGCUCCAGGCAGUCCGUUCUUCCACCCGUUCUCAUCUACAUCUCAUUCCAUACAGAGCAGCCCGGCGCGGAGCUCAGAGCCCAGCCUGUCCAACCUCCACGUUCCCCUGGAGUCCAUCAGACCCAGUAAAGUCUUACCCGUGACCAUGUACGAUAAAGACGGAGUUCGGAUUCUGAUGCACUUUGCGAUGGAUUGUCCGCCGGGUAGGCCGGAUGUUCUGGUCAUGGUGCUGUCGAUGCUCAACACUGCGCCGUUACUCGUGCGGAACGUCGUGAUCCAGGCGGCCGUGCCAAAGUCUAUGCGGGUGAAGCUUCAGCCUCCAUCAGGAGCAGAGAUCGCGCCAUUUAACCCCAUCCUGCCCCCCGCCUCCAUCACUCAGAUCAUGCUGCUCGCAAACCCACUGAAGGAGUGUGUGCGUGUGCGGUAUAAGUUGACGUAUCUGCUGGGAGAGCGUCAGUACACUGAGAGUGGAGAACUGGAUGAUUUUCCUCCGGCGGAUCGAUGGGGUUCCCUGUAGAACGUCUGCACCUCUCGGACGUUUUUUUUUAAGUAUUUCCAUUCAUCCGCCCUGUUAUUUAUUUCUGAAUCAUCAGUGUUAUACUGUAACAUGUGAAUUCAAUGCUUUACUCUUUUCACAUCAAUUCAAGAGAAGCGUUAACAGAGUAACUGAAAGUCUUGGUGUGAAUCUGAGAGACGGAGGUUUUCUCUGUUGCUUGUUCGUGCUAAACACAACAACAUGUCAAAGCGUUUGCACUCAACUUCAUAGAAAAUAAACGGAUGUAACGGAUCAUUUAGAAUUCAGGUUGACCUCCUGAUGUUGAUGGUUUUCUGAAAAUGUUUGUUAGGUUUCUUGCUGUUUAAGUGAUCUUUUAUGAUGGGACAGCAGUUAGUAACUGGUGUUACGAUGAAAGCCGUGGUUACUGCAGAAGCGGACACUGAUGGUGUCACAUGAGCACACCGCCGGAUUCAAAUGCUCUUUUCUUUUCUGGAUUCAAAGUUUUCUUGAUUUGUUUUCUGAUUGAUGGUUUUAAGAUGUUUAACCCUCCUGUGCUUCAACAUUGAAUGUGUUUACAGAGAUGCUGUGGGUUCACACACACAUACAGUCAAGAGUAGCACAAUGAUACAGUUUACUUUGUUUUUCUGCUUUUAUUUAUUGCUGAUGAAGAUCUUGAGGUUGUAUGUGUUUGAUAGUGAAUGAUUGUAGCAUAUUUACUAUUUUAAAUAUUGUUAAAACCUCUCAUAUUGAUGUCAUAUUUCAUGGCAAAAUCAAUCCGUUUUUUACGUUAAGUGUUCACGUUAGUGCUUUAGAAAUUUGGUUCAAAAUGUCACUUUAAUACCUUACCAAACUAGUUAAAGUUUAUUUCUGUUUUAUUCUUUAGAUUUUCCAUGAAAUAUGACACGGAACCUGAAUGUUGAAGUUAUUUCUUAAAUUCUCAGCUUUUACCAGAAUUUGUUAGUUUAUCAGACUGGAUGUUUGUUCUUGUUGGUUACAUAAGCGUCAUUGGAAAGCCUUCAUGCAAUCUGAUAUUAAAAUAGAUUUUAAAGAUUCACAAAGACUAACAGGUUUUUUUUUUAAAUCACAUUCGAUUUAAAAGGGCAGUUCAUCCAAAAACGUCAUAAUUUAUUAACUCUUAUGUCAUAUCAGACCUGCAUGAAUUUCUUCUGCAGAACACAAAAGAAGAUAUUUUGAAGAAUGUUUACAAACAACAUUGAACCUCCAUUGUAGGAACGCAAAACCACUGAGACAUUUCUCAUAAUAUCGUCUUUUGUUUUCUGAAUAAGAAAGUCAGUUUGACAGGACGUGAGAGGGAAUAAACAAUGACAGGUUUUUUUUAUUUGUGGGCUAACUGUCCCUUUAAGAGGGUCAAAGAAAAAUAGUAUAAAGUUAAAGGUAAAAUAUAAUUUUCAUGUUAUCGCGCUGCUUCUGAAAUGCUGACGUGUCACUUUGUCUCUUCUGAAUGGUGAACUACUGUGGAGUGCACAGAUGUGUGCGCGUGUUGUAUGUAGUGUAUAUGUAAUGUUAGUCACGUCUGUACAGAAUAAACCAGAUGUUGCUGCAUGCAGAAUAAAACAUUGAAGCAGA